AUGGGCUACAGCUCGGGAUCUCUCUUCCUGGCUACGCUCCUCGUGGGUGGAUUACUCGUCGUCGUCCUUCUCUGCGAGACGUCUCACGCAACGAGGUUGCGACAACGUUCUGGUCCCACCGACACGCCGAGGAGUGGUGGGUCCGUGAACGAGGCCGGUGUUUACACUCUCCGUAGAAGUCAGGAGGGUGGACGGCGUGCUAGAAGAACCACGACGAGUACCACCAGCACAACGGCGUCCAGCACGACGUUGAUUUCUCUGUCGGACGAGGUGGCGGAGCCCGCGGCCCUUUUAGCCCCCGAAGAGGACUUAUGGUCUACCAGUUCCUCCGCUACAAGCAAUGUUCCAGUCUCCUUAGAUACAGCUGCUGCGCCGUCAAAGCCACCCUUGGAACUGGUGGUGAAACCUCACAGCAAGGUCGUACUGCCUUGCGAGCUGGAGGGAAAUUACUCGAGGCUACUGUUGCCCGGGGCCAGGAGCUACAGAAUACGACCAGCGACAUGGUUGCACGAGGGAAGUCCGGUGGAUAUGAUUACAAUCAACACGAGAACGGAGAUGAGUGGGACUGGACAUAGAUAUAUCGGCGACUCUAUCACGGCUGCGUUGCAUAUAGACAACGUCAGAUUAGAAGAUGACGGUAUAUGGGGUUGCACACUCGAGGAUGACCAAGGGAAGAUACUUUCCGGCAGGCCUGUGAAGCUCGUCGUUCUCGAGGCGCCUCGAGGGACGUACCUGCUGAUAGAUGGGCGUAGGUUGGACCCGGGCAACCAGUUCGUGCCUGUGAAGGAGGGCUCCGAGUUGACGUUGGAGUGCGCCGCCGAGGGUGGUAACCCACCGCCUGAUUUAGCAUGGGGAAUGACUCUGUCUCAGGCCACUUUGGACGGUCCGGAGCAACCGCCGGACAAUUUGACCGUGUUGCCCUCGACGUCGAGCGGGCGCAGCGGAGCACACCUUAAAGUUCUCAGGAGACACCACAAUGCCACCAUUGCCUGUGUAGCACGUCACGUCACCCUCACCGUACCAAUGAACGCGAGUAUCCUGCUGGACGUUCAAUAUACUCCGUCGUUCGCGAUAACGCGUUUACCUGGUUUUGGAAUUCCGAUCGUCGAGGGCAUGUCCGUCAGCCUGAAUUGCGAGGUGGACAGCAAUCCGGCCAGCACGCCGAUCUGGCAACGGGACAAUGGACCGUUGCCCGUCGAGCAGAGCGACGACGGAUGGCUGAACAUCACAAAAAUCAGCCGCGCUGAGAGCGGCUGGUACAAAUGUUACACCAGGCACAUGCUCGGCAUAUUCAACAGCAUCGGUUAUUUUCUCAACGUACGCUAUGAUCCAGAUAUGGAAACGGAAGCGGAAGCGUUGAACGGCGAGUCUACCGAUUCCCGGAAGAUGGAAGUGCAGAUUGGGGGAGCGGUGACUCUCGAGUGCGACGGCGGUUGCUGGGGACACGGUCCUGGAAUGGAUCCGGUUGGUGGACCUGGUCGACUGGCUCUGAGUCGAGUCGUUUACCAGGAAGCUGGCGAGUAUCGAUGCGUCGCACCUGACAGGAAAAUGCAGGACACUUGGCGUGCACAGCUGCCCUACCACAUCAAGAUCACCGGUCGACCCAUGGUGCAUCCACCUAGUCAAACAGUGACGGCCAAAGAGGGUGAACUGCUGAAUAUUGUCGUCGAAUUCUGCGCCGAGCCGAGAUACACCAAGGUGCUCUGGAUGUCCGAGGAGAACGUGUAUGUACCUGGUGCACCAGCUAGGGAUGGUGUUCAAGCACUUGCUAUUGAGGACGACGGCACGGAGUCCUGUUACAGGACGGUGCUCAGCUUCGACACGAUUCAAUGGUCUCACGCCGGGGAAUGGCUGCUGUUGGUCCGCUCGUCGGAAGGGAUCGCGGACGCUUCCGUUUUGUUGAACGUGACGCGCGCCUCUGAGUACAGUCACGCUCACUUCCGGUCAGCGAGUCUCACCUAUCUGUCGCUGUGUCUCGCCCUGGUCAUCCUGCAGGAGCAUCGUCGCUGAAAACGCCGUCGUGGAUCACAUCGAAACAGCGGUUGUCGGUUGCUCCGUGGAGCUAACGAGAGGGAGAUUUGGAAAGGAGAAGAGAGAAAAUAGGAAAAUAAUCGAACUAAGAGUAGUAACUCGGUUGCAAAAAAAAAGAAAUAAGAACGGAACGACGAGGGGGGGAAGGAAGUCAGAAUUCCGUCGGUAUUUCCGCGACUUCGACGAUUGUAAAUAUCGAAUAAUAUAUAUUAUUAUACAUAAACGAGAGAUGAGAGAGGAUAGGAGAAGGGAGAAGGAAUAAUCGUUGUUCUGGUGUUAGAAAUCAGAGAAAGAAGGAAAGACGUUCCGUAUUGACGUGUUCUUGACUCGAGGCGAGAUUCGACGACGAUGCAACGAGAGAACCCUGUUUAUUAUGUAUCGAGAGAAAGAAAGGGGAAAGAAAGGGGUGAACGCGCUUAAACGAGAAAGCCUUUUAUCGACGCUGCCGUUGUCGAUGAACGAUCCAGAGCUUCCGGCGACGACGAUAAUCCGGCCUCGACGUUCCUUAAUCAUGGAUCUCGUUGCUAGAUUCGAUUUUUCGGUUUUUCUUCGAAUUUCUCUUUUACUUUUUCAACAGGGGGGAGAUACUCUUGCCGUAGGGUUUUUCUAGAAGAUAGACGACGAUAAGGAUAGAGAGAUUGGAUCGAAUCCGAGGAUAACGACUAUGUACUAUAUUUUUUUUUUUUCAUCGUUCUUUUUCUCCAAGAAGUUAUAUAUCUCCGUUCCAAAGUCGGAAGCAAAAGUUGAUGAUUCGUACAUAUUCGUACAUGCUCAAGACCUCGACAGUCUGAGACUUUAGCGGGCAAUGUCUUUCUUCGGCCUUAAACGAGAGUAAACAACGCGCGGCCGAAACGACACGAGAACGAAGGAUACGGUUAAUUCGCGUUGUAGGUGAAACUUUGUAAACUAAAGAGAAGAAAAAGAAACAAUUGUCGCGAGAUAUCUGGAGAGGCGAGGAACCGUUUCUCGCGACUUUGGUCUUCGAUCGAACUUAGCGAAAAUGGAAUAUUCAAUGAGGUUACGCGUUACGCGAGGCACGUGUAAAUAUUUGUAUAGUUUAUUUGUAUAAGGUAACCGAACGAGACGUGCAGAGGCAAAGUAGCGGGGAAGAAGCGACGGAGAGAGAAGAGAAGAAAAGGUUGUACACUCGUGUCGAACAGGUGACCGCAAAAGUGUUUCGAUUCUGGCUCGUCGAACGUCGACGAUUGAACGUCUUCGAGUUGCACAGAAACGAACACUUGGUCCACGGUGUAAUAUUUUAGGGUGACCGCGUAUCUCGGGUGCAAAGAGACAGAGAGGAAAGGGGCAAAAGAGUGGAGUAACUUGGCGAAGAACGAAGGGAAGAAUGGGGUUGACGUGUGUUAAAGGCUUGAUGGAACGAAGAAACGAAUUGUGAAGUACGGAAAGAG